CAGUGAAGCCGGCGGCCCUGGCACGUGAUCCGGGAGCGGCUCGGUCGCUUGGUGGCUUGGUCUGUCUGUCCGUCCGCGGGUGCCAUCAUGGCGGACGCGGCCAGUCAGGUGCUCCUGGGCUCCGGCCUCACCAUCCUGUCCCAGCCGCUCAUGUACGUGAAGGUGCUCAUCCAGGUGGGAUAUGAGCCUCUUCCUCCAACAAUAGGACGAAAUAUUUUUGGGCGGCAAGUAUGUCAGCUUCCUGGUCUGUUUUGUUAUGCUCAGCACAUUGCGAGCAUCGAUGGGAAGCGUGGGUUGUUCACAGGCUUAACUCCAAGGCUGUGUUCGGGAGUCCUGGGAACUGUGGUCCAUGGUAAAGUUUUACAGCAUUACCAGGAAUGUGACAAGGUUGAGGAUUUAGGCCCUGGGAACGUACACAAAGAAGUCACACCUUCCUUUGACCAAGUUAUCAAAGAGACGACUCGAGAGAUGAUGGCCCGUUCCGCUGCUACCCUCAUCACACACCCCUUCCAUGUGAUCACUCUGAGAUCUAUGGUACAGUUCAUCGGCAGAGAGUCCAAGUACUGUGGACUUUAUGACUCCAUAGUGACCAUCUAUCGGGAAGAAGGCCUCCUAGGGUUUUUUGCGGGUCUUAUUCCUCGCCUCCUCGGUGACAUCAUUUCUUUGUGGCUCUGUAACUCACUGGCCUACCUCGUCAAUACCUAUGCACUGGACAGUGGGGUUUCCACCAUGAGUGAAAUGAAGAGUUAUUCCCAAGCUGUCACAGGAUUCUUUGCCAGCAUGCUGACCUAUCCCUUUGUGCUGGUCUCUAAUCUUAUGGCCGUCAACAACUGUGGACUUGCUGGUGGAUGCCCUCCUUACUCCCCAAUAUACACUUCUUGGAUAGAUUGCUGGUCCAUGCUACAGAAAGAGGGAAAUAUGAGCCGAGGAAAUAGCUUGUUUUUCCGGAAGGUCCCCUUCGGGAAGACUUAUUGUUGUGACCUGAGAAUGUUAAUUUGAAGAUGUGGGGCAGGGACAGUGACAUUUCUAUAGUCCCAGAUGCACAGAAUUAUGGGAGAGAAUGUUGAUUUCUAUACAGUGUGGCGCGCUUUUUUAAUAAUCAUUUAAUCUUGGGAAAAUGGAGAUGUUUGGUGUCUGCCUUUUUUGUUCUUUUUCCCAGCACUGUGUAAUUUACCACUGAUAGUCCCCCUCUAGUUAUUCUGAAAUGGGAUGUUUUUGCCUCAGACUCCCUCUGCAAACAAAAAAAGUUGCAUUUCCAUAAAGGUAUAGGCAGGUGGUCCUGCGAUUUGCGUCUUACUUUUAAGGCUUUGUAAAAUGUAGAGUACAUCCACGAGAAGAGAGGAAUAAUUCGGUAAAACUUGAGAAAUAUAAUAAGGUACACUAUGUGGGAGGGUAUGAACUACCUUUUCUUCCACAGACCUUAAACCUCAGCACCCACCGGACUCUCUCAUUCUGUGCUUCCAAGCACAUUUGAUUUCACCCUCUUUCAUCCUUCAAAAAAAGACAAUCCAUUGCCAAAUUACCUUGGAAAAUCUCUACAGGGGUAUCCACUUCUUUGGUCGCUUAUUACAAAGUAAUAAACUGUUGCCAACAACAAAAAAAGGGAAAAUUACAGAGAAUACAAUACUUCCUUCAAUUUUUAA